CUUACGCCACGUCAGCUUAAUAGCUGCCUUCAGUUAAACGGCUAUUAGAUCAUAGCAUGGUUACUCCAAUACAUCGCCCAUAACACCGAAGAAAUUCGUAACAAACUCAGUCAAAAUGAAGGCAUGGCUAUACAGCUCUACUAAGGGAGGCCUCGAGAAGAAUCUCGUUUACUCCCCUGAUGCCCGAACCCCAGGAUCCCCACUGGGCAACCAGCUGCUCAUCCAGGUGAUCUCUACAUCCAUCAACCCGGCCGACUACAAGGUCCCCGCUACGAGCACUGUUUUCGGAAAAGUCAUGAUUGCAGCCACACCGGCCAGUCCCGGCAUGGACUUCUGUGGGCGGGUCAUCGCGGUGGGGCCAGAUCCUUCCGCUCAGCAGUUCACUCCAGGCCAACUGGUCUUUGGCUGCCUUGGCAUGCCACGGCAGUUUGGAACACUUGGAGAAUAUAUACUCGCGACUCCAAACCAGACUGCUCCAUUGCCGUUAGGGGUGGAUCCAGACCCGGCUGCUACGAUUGGGGUCGCGGGGCGGUCGUCGUACCAAUCCAUCGUGCCGUAUAUAUCCGGCCCAGGCAGCAGGGUGUUUAUCAACGGUGGAUCUGGGGGGUGUGGAGUUUAUGGGAUCCAAAUUGCUAAGUUAUUAGGAUGUCAUGUUACAGUGACUUGCUCCACACGCAACAUACAGUUCUGUCGCGACCUGGGUGCGGACGAGGUGAUCGACUAUACGGCUCAGGACGUGUUGGAGGUACUCAAGUCACAGGGACAAGUGUUCGACCAUGUUGUGGAUCACAUCGGGUCGCCUGAAGGUCUUUAUCAAGAAUGUCACGCCUUUUUGAAGCCUGGGAAAGCGUUUGUCCAGGUUGGGGCCUCAUCAAUGGUCACGUUCGCGCACCGACUUAUCCGCCCCUCGUUUCUCGGCGGUGGCUGUCGGAAAUAUGUGGUGUUGCUCAUGAAGAACCAUAAUGAUGAGUUCGUUCAGAUUGCGAACUGGAUUCGAGAGGGAAAGAUCAGGGUUGAGUUUGAUGCAGUGUAUGAAUUUGAGGACACCGUCAAAGCAUUUGAGCGACUAUGUUCGGGGAGGACAAGAGGCAAGAUUGUCAUCCAUGUCACCAGCCCUGACAGUGAGGCUGCCUAAGCGCCGAUGGAUUCUGCUCCAAUUAUAUUAUGUUUUUAGGUUAUAUUCGACAAUCAUUAUUCAUUUCAAAAC